AUGGACUCGGUACCUAUAUGGACUCGUAUACAUGAUUUGCCUGUGCACUGUCGUAAUGCUGUAUCGGUCUCAAAGCUUUGUUCUUCAUUCUCGCAUCCAAUCUGUAUGGACGAUCCGGUCAAAUACAGAGACAAAGGACGAUUUUUUCGUGUCAUGAUUGAGGUUGGUAUCUCUGAGGAAUUGCCAAAAAAUAUGGUUGUUGACAUGCACGGAUUAGAUUGUGAUGUCACUUUUGAAUAUGAGUGGAAGCCUCGUGUUUGCUCCUUGUGUAAAAAGAUUGAUCAUGUAGCUGAUCAAUGCCCCAAGAAAGUUAUCCCAGCCAAGACGAAGAAAAUCACAGACAAAUGGGUGAUCAAAAAGAAAGGAAAACUGGUGGACAAUGAAGACGCCGUGCAGGUUGUUGAUGAAAUGCCUCAACGAGGUUUAGAAGGAACUGCCAUGCCAGGACAUUCGGGUAACACUACUACUUUGGAGGUAUCCAAUCCUUUUUCUUUGCUUGGUGAUGAUACAGAAGCUAUAUAUAUUGGAGAGUCAUGGAGAUGCAAAGAGGAAGAGGGUUCUAAGAAAGAGAAUUUUAAAAAAACUUUGGAAGAGUCACCACAGGUUAUUGAGGAAGCCUUAGUCAAGGGGCUUGUUUUUACUACUGAGGCUAGUACAGAAAUUGUUGACAGUGGUAAGGGUGGAUCUUCAGGUUUUGGUAUUGAGAAACUGAACACUAAGGCAGUUGUCAAGGCCUGGAUGGGGGAGAAUAAAUUUUCCUUGGUGGCUCUGGUGGAGACUAGAGUUAGGCAAGUGCAUGAAAGAAGGAAGUUAUGGUUGAAUCUGCAAGAUCAAGCUGCUGUGGUUGAUUGUCCUUGGAUUGCUCUUGGGGAGUGGAAUAUUUCUAGGUUCCAUAGUGAAAAAAUGAGGGGAUUAAGAGUGCCUCAACAUCUCCUUGAUGAAUUUAAUCAAGUGAUCAAAGAUAUUCAAAUGGAGGAGCUUCCUCUAAAUAAUGGUGGUUGGUCUUGGAAUCACUAUGGGUUGGCAGUAACUUGGCAUUUAGAGUGUGUUGUUGGUCCUAAACCUUUUAAGUUCUUAAAAGUUUGGUGUUUCCAACAAGAAAUUGAUGAAUUGGUGCUAAAAGCAUGGACUGAACCAGUUGAUGGGAACCCCUUACACAAGUUACAGAAGAAACUUAGAGCUGUGAAAUCUAUUAUCAAAGAUUGGAAUAAGAAGAAGGGUAAGGUCUCUGAGCAGGUUCAAGCUGCGAGAGGGGAUUUACAUCUAAUUCAACUGGAUUUGCUGAAAGAUUCUAUGAACAAUGAUUUAAUUACUAAGGAGAGGGAAGGCUACUUUGAAGUUGCAAUCAACUUUAAACCUAAAAGAAAUUUUAUGCAUCCUGAUGGAGCCAUAUCUUCUGAUCCUCAAGUGAUUAAGGAUUGGCUUAUGCACUAUUAUAAAGAUUUAUAUGCUGCCAAGGAUACUAUUAUGACAGAAGUGGCUUCCCCUAGAAUUCAAUUAGCUGUUGCAGAUUUGCAGGAGCUUGAUAGGGAGGUUUCAGCAAAGUAG